GUGGCCAUAUUUGUUGAUGUGUCAUAUCAAAGUGACUUGUUGGGCUAUCAGCUGGUAAGGCAGAGAGCUCAAAGUUCAAUAUUAUUCCGACCAGAACUGCACAUUGAGCCACAUCAUGGGGUUUUCGCAUUCGAUUUGAACAAGAGAGGGACAGCAGGAAAAGCCUGGUCCUGCUUCAGAUUCAAACAUGAUGGAGGGAUCAGAGGCUGAAUCUGUGUCACAGGGGUUGCAACCAGCAGACCUGCUUCACAACAGCACAUCUAAACUAGAAGAUGAGCCGCAAAUCUCUCACAACAGUGCAGAUGGGGCAGAAAAGCUCAGUCAGGCAAAAGAUGAAGCUCAGCUUGACAGCGAAUUAAUCAGGACUAAGACAGAUGUUGACACAGACUCAGAGACGAAGGCGGAGGCUCAAAUAUGCAGUCAGGAACGUGUAGAUGUGAGCGAGCUGGGUGCUAAUACCAUCUGUGAAAGCAGUUCUAUUGAAGGUGGGAUGCCUAUACUUUUAAAUGAGGCUGGUGGAGCUUUGGCAGCCCAACUCACCACUUUGAAUAAUGUGGAAGAAAGCUCUCCAUCUGUUCUUGAAGGGACCAUAGAAACCUUUUUGACUUUAGAUAAAGUGCAGGAUUCGGAUGCCAUCUCUUCAAACAGCAUGGAGCAGCCAUCAGUCUCGGCCACAAAUUGUUCCACAGAGCCCUCACCUGCUGAUGAAAGCGUUUCACCCUGGAGUCCUUCUUCUUCCGUCCAAAGCACUUCCAAAAAUUCCCCAACGGACUCCACAACCACCUCUGGGAUCUCUAAUGGCCCGUCUACCCCCAGUUCAGAUACUGUCAGCUUCUCUCCCGCUUCCAGCCCGCAAACCAACACCACAGCCCCCUCGCAUGCCUUUUCAAGUCCGUAUGACACUGAUUGCAGCCGAAAGCUUAUAUCCCAAAUCCAGCGCUCACUGUCACAGGAGUCACUGCUGGAUGAGCUGGAGUCUGAGCUGUUCUCUUGUCAGCAGCCUGAGGGGGAGAAUGGAGGGGAGAGGAAAGGGAGCCCGCCUGUCAAUGGACUCUCUCCAGACCAGGAGGUCUUUGAGAAGUGUGUUCAAUACAAGUAUGCACAGCAAGAGAAAGCUAUUCAAAGGUUGCUUGAAGAGAACAAGAGGCAUCAGGAGCUGAUCCUGGGGAUCUGCUCAGAGAAGGACAACAUGAGGGACGAGCUAAAAAAGAAGGCUGAGACAGAAAGGCUGCUCACGUCCACUAUUAAAAAGUUGGAGGGGAGGGUUGAGGAGCUGCUAAGAGAGCUGAAAGAGUCGCGGGACAGACUGACCCACCAGGAUCACGUAGCUAAGGCCGCCCUCCAGCAGAUGCAGAAGGAGACGUCCUACCGGGUAGAACAGGUGAACAAGAAGUCCGAAGAGGCGCGCCAAGAGAAGGAGGCCAUGGUUAUGAAGUACGUACGGGGGGAGAAGGAGGCCCUCGACCUGAGGCGAGAUAAGGAGAGUUUAGAGAAAAGACUCAGGGAAGCCACCAAGGAGGUAGACCGCCAGGCGUUGCGAGGAAACCAGCUGGCUCAGGAUAAAGGUCGACUGCAGCAGUUGCACGAAGUGAAGGAAGGCGAGGUUAGCAGGCUGACCCGUGAAGUGGAAAAGUUGAAGGAAGAGGUGAACUCGCAUCUGAUCAAGGUCAAAUGGGCCCAGAACAAACUGAAGAGCGAGGCAGAUGCACACAAGGAAACUAAAGACAAACUGAGAGAGACCACGUCCAAGCUUACCCAGGCCAAAGAGGAGACAGAACAGAUCCGCAAGAACUGCCAGGACAUGAUCCGAACAUACCAGGAGUCAGAGGAACUCAAGUCCAACGAGCUGGAUGCUAAACUGAGGGAGACCAAAGGAGAGCUGGAGAAACACAAGCAGGAACAAACAGACCAAUUAGAGCUGCAUCGAGUGAAGGCAAAGGAGCUGGAUGACCUGAAAAGAAGCUACAAGGAGGGCAUGGACGAGCUCAUCACUCUGCGCACAAAGUUAAAGUGUCUGGAAGACGAGCGUCCACGCUGGGAGGACGAGCUGAGCAAGUACAGAGAGAUCAUCAACCGGCAGAAAGCUGAGAUCGGCCGGCAGAGAGACAAGCUGGGGGAGAUCACGGCGCUCGAGGAGCAGCAUGAAAGGGAUCAACAAGAGGUCACGUCUCUCCGCGAGGAAGUGGACGGCCUGACCAACCAGAUGGCCGACCUCCAGCGUGACGUGCAGGGCAGCAGGGAGCGUGAGGCCGAGUUACUGGGCUUCACUGAGAAGCUGAGCAGCAAGAACGCCCAGCUGCAGUCAGAGAGCAACGGCCUCCAGACCCAGCUGGACCACCUGAGUGGCACCUACUCAGAGGUGCAAGCGAGGCUGGAGGAGACAAACCGGCUACUAGACGACAAGACGCGGCACCUGAAACAGGAGGAGGUGCUGAGGCAGCAGGAGGUGCAGGGCCUGCAGGAGGAGCGGACAGCGCUGCAGGCGGAGGUGACCCAGCUGAAAACCAGAGUUGAAGAGCUGAGGGACGAGCUGGUGACUCAGAAAAGGAAACAAGCGGCAAACAUUAAGGACCUGACUAAACAGCUAACACAAGCUCGAAGGAAACUGGAGCAGACUGAGAAUGGAGUCUGUGACCGGGAUGCCAGCAGUAUGGGCAGCCGCUCAAGUUCCUCAGGUACUGCUCCGGGAUUUGGCUCCUUGAACGCUCGCCACGGUGGGAGCAGCGGUGUCGAUGAGCGGUCACCAGAGAGCCAGUCAGGUCCUUCAGUCGUGGUUGUGGACAGCUUCCCAGAGGUCGACAAAACCGUACUCGUGGAUCGUAUUGUCCGGUUGCAGAAGGCGCUCGCUCGCAAGCAGGAAAAAAUCGAGUUCAUGGAGGAUCACAUCAAGCAGCUGGUGGAGGAGAUCCGGAAAAAGACAAAAAUAAUCCAAAGCUAUGUGCUGAGAGAGGAGUCAGGGGCCCUCUCGUCGGAGGCGUCAGACAUUAACAAAGCAAACCUGAGUAGGCGAGGGGGCAUCAUGGCGUCGCUGUACACCUCCCACCCGGCGGACAGCGGGCUGACCUUGGACCUGUCACUGGAGAUAAACAGGAAGCUGCAGGCAGUGUUGGAGGACACACUGCUGAAGAACAUCACUCUGAAGGAGAAUCUGCAGACUCUGGGGGCCGAGAUCGAGAGGCUCAUAAAACAGCAGAGGGGUGCUGAGGAUGACGCGAGGAGGAAGUGAGGAGACCCCCCCUCACAGGAAAGAGGAAAUAAAGGAAGUACUCGCCAUGAGAAGCUUAUUCCCCAACAUUUGAGGGAGCAAAUUGAAUGUUGUGAGUGCCAGUAGCUCCUCAGGCUUCGUGUUUGGAGUA